UCAUACACAUCUGGGAUAGCAUGAAGGUGAGUAAAUGAUGAGAGUUUUUGGGUGAACUAUCUCUUUAAUGCAGCUACUAAUGAGAACACGUGCUGCGACAGGUAUCUCUCCUAGAUACAAGCCGUUGCUUCUGUGUGGGUGGAGCUUGUGUGUAGGCGGCUCGAUGUGAUUGGUCGGUACAACUCUUGCAUAUACUGUGAUUUGACAGCGCCUUUCCUGGUUGCACAGCCACUGGCUGCUGCAGCUGUGUGGGUGGGGCUUAUGCUUAGUCGGUGCGCUGUGAUUGGUCAGUACCUUUCCUGGUUACACAGUGCGACUCCAGCAAAAACAAGAACGAUUUCAGCGUGAGAAAUGUCAUGGACUGAGCUCAGGAGGAGCAGGGGAGGAAAACGCUCCUCCACUGAGGAGAAACUGGAUGAAUAUUUAAUCAACCUGCAGCACAAAAACAGGGCUUUGAGAAGACAGCAGAGGAAGGACCCACGGCAGGCAGAGUUGGAGCUGUUAGAGCAGGGAUUUAACCUGUACAUCAACGGCGCUCAUGUCAGCACCACUAAUGCAGUUCAGAGCAACCAGUCCAGCAGGAGAACAGCUCAGCCUUCCACAGCAGCCCCUCCACCAGCACAGAGAAACACACACACUGCAGACUUCUGUGACCUGCUGGAUUAGUUCAAGUGAUUGUGUUUGUGUAGAUUGAGUGGAGAGAAGUUUACAUUAGAUCGACAGAAACAGAGGAGUCACACAGCACCUGAGAAAACACAGAGAAGACAAUGGGUGCAGGAAUCGGUGUACAUCUGCACUGAGAACAGGACGCGAGUGAAGAUUUCCCCAGAGCACAGAUACUCCGAUGACUUUGAGCCGUACGAGUGUGGGGAUAUGGAGUCUGCUCAUGACAGCAGUAAAGUGUCAUGUUUACUCUGUUUGAGGUCCCUCGUUGACCCUGAGCCUGUCCACAGAGUUCUUCUGAACCCUGAGCAGGUGCUGCGGCGUAGCCUGGAGGUCAGCGUCAACCGCAGCACUCGAGACUCAGCCGGAGAGGAAUCGGAGGAGGAAUGGAUCGAGGAACAGAUAGAGAGAGAGGAGAGCAGUGACAGUCUCCCCGACAUCACACUUCCUGCCGCACUCACAAGCCAGCCAGUCAACAAGCAGCUCAGCCAUGGUGACCUCAUCAUGCUGGAAUUUGGCUCCUCCCCUCAAGAUGGGCAAAAAAUUGAGCACUCUCUCUCACCUAAAAGAAAGGAAGAUGUUGAGUCAUACAUCCCUACCAAACCAGUCACAAUGAGGAGACAGACAGAAAUAGCAUCAAGCAGUACACAGGAAAUGUCACGCCCAUGUAGUCACAUCAAGCGCCCCCUGUCUGCAGCACGUAAAGAGCAGGAAGAGCGAGAUUCAGAGGAGAUGGCUGCUUGCGUGUUUCAGGCACUUCAGAGAGAAAACAUGCCACUGCAAACACAUCGACAGAGAGAGUCAAACACACACACUCCUGAUUCCAAAGCUCACACACAGGGGACAGGACAGGAGAGUAGUGCAUACUCUCACACUCUGGAGGAGGAAGACGAAGAUGAUGAUGAAGAUCAGAGUGGAGUUAUCAUAGUGAUGCAGAGAAUCGCUCUCAUGGAACCUGGGCAGCAGAGGUGUUUGUUAAAGGCUCUAGAGAGAAUCGACACUGACGAUCAAUCAAGUCUCACUGACAGCAGCAGUUUUAUUUUGUCUCGGAGGGAAGCAUCUAUGCAGGUGACACCCACUCUCUACGUUACCAUGGAGAUCUUGUCAAACUGGGGUCACCUGGGUCAGGUCGGACUCACAGAAAUUCAGUUCUUUGGCCCACAAAAUCAAAAGCUGUUUGUGUCUCCACAUGACCUGGACAUCCGAAAUGCCAACCAGCCCGGAAAUCUCGCUGCACUCGUCAAUGGGAAAACUAAAACCAUGAAAGAGCAUCAUAUGUGGGCGUGUCCGUUCCAUCCACCCGUCCAGCUGUACUUCAUCAUCAGGAAUGUCCAGCACUCCCCGGACUUCAGCAUCUCCCAUAUCAAAUUCUGGAAUUAUAACCGGAGUCUCAAUGAUAUUGAUGUGGGUGCUCAUCAUGUGCGCUUGUAUGUAAACAGCACUCUGGUCUUUGAGGGUCAUUUGGAGAAAGGUUGCGGAAACCAGGUCUUUGAUUACAGCACGUCCAUUGAACUCCAAGACACCUUUCCAAGCCCUGUCACAUCAGAACACACUCUGGUGGGCUGUCGCCCACAUAACCAAGAAAAUGAAUUUCAGGAGUCCAACUCUGGCCAAUCAGAUUACAGCUCUACCCAAAUAGUAGAAACAAGCCAGAACCAGUCAGAUAUAAGUGCCACUCACCUAGUUAACCCUGGCAACUGUGCCGUUUCAAUGCAAAGGGACUCGCCCCCUUUGGAUCUGAUUUUACCCACGGGGCGGAUUCCAGGACAACAAAUGGAGGAAGUGAAAACGGUGACCACACAACCGUCAUCUAGUCGGCUUGCACAUUGGCUCCAGCCGCUAAACCAGACAGUAAUGGAUGAAGCUGAGGGGUCUCGGGAGCAAGAGCGCCCCCAGUGGCUCCAACUGCAGAAUACAGCCAAACCCAAACACUCGUUACUGCCGGAUAUUUCGUGCAACCCUGUACGUGCCUGCAAAGACGCCUCCAGCCACAGGGGGGCAGCACCCCUUGACUGGCCACAGAGAACAGUGACCCGUGAAUUUAGCACCGACUCCGACCGGCUUAACUAUCGUAAAGAGUCCAAACAAGAGCAUGACCCAAGUAUGCGGACAGAACAAGGUUCACAGUCCCAUUCAGAGCGACACCUGAGCAAUCAGUUGGACCAGGAUUUGAAAUUGUGGGAUGAACGUGCUGAGAGAGCAGAACGACCAAGCAGUGGCAGGCGAAGUUCUGCAAGAUCGCGAAACAGAUCACAAUUUAACCACAGCAGUGACCUCAUUGCAACAGAGGAGAGUGGCCCGACAUCCGUCCGUAACCGAAGACCAAAACCUCAAUGGUGUGAACAGGACGAUCCGUUAAUGGAAUCCUGGGACUCAUUAACGAAGUUUAACCAGCAUCAGCGAGGGUGAAUCUCCAACAUGGCAUUGGAGAGAGAUAUCUUCGAUGAGUUUGUUCAGCGUCAGUCCCGCCCGACACCCAUCGUCGCCAGUCGUCCUACCGCCUCUUCGCUCCCUGAUUCCGAUGACCCUGAAAAUGACCCCCGUGACCCUGAUGAAGACUUUGAAAUCCCGGUUCUCCCACAAGGUCGCCAACUCGUCAUUUACAUCAUGUCCACAUGGGGUGACCGUCACUACAUCGGCCUCAACGGCAUUGAGAUCUUUUCCUCCAAUGGUGAGCCAGUCAAACCUGUCCACAUCACGGCCGACCCACCUGAUAUUAAUAUUUUACCGGCCUACGGGAAAGACCCACGCAUCAUUACCAACCUCAUUGAUGGUGUAAACAGAACUCAAGACGACAUGCAUCUGUGGCUGGCUCCGUUCACUCCUGGCCGCAGGCACGUGAUCUCCAUGGAUCUUGGUGUGAAAUGUUGCCUGGCAAUGAUCCGUGUUUGGAAUUACAACAAGUCCAGGAUACACUCGUUUAGAGGAGCACGAGAAAUGGAGAUAAUUCUCGAUGGAUGUUAUAUUUUUAGAGGGGAGAUAGCCAAAGCUUCUGGAACUCUCUCAGGAGAUUUUUUUGUACCGCCCAUAACGGGUGGAAACCGGAGAGAUGAGCUGGCCAGUAUGGACUAUGAAGCACCUUUAAUGCCAUGUGGAUUUAUAUUCCAGUUGCAGUUGUUGACGACGUGGGGUGACCCGUACUACACUGGCCUUAAUGGACUGGAAUUCUAUGACCAGAAUGAGCAGAAAAUACCACUCAGUGACAACAACAUCGCUGCUUUUCCUGACAGUGUGAACGUGUUAGAUAACGUGUGCGGGGACGUCCGGACGCCUGAUAAACUGAUUGACGGGAUCAAUAACACACAUGAUGGCCGACACAUGUGGCUCGCUCCCGUUCUGCCCGGACUGGUGAACCGUGUUUAUGUCAUCUUUGACCAGCCAAUGACAGUUUCCAUGAUUAAAUUAUGGAAUUUCUCCAAAACACCUCAGCGAGGAGUCAAAGAAUUUGGGCUCUGCGGCCCAAAACCUGCAUGACGGACGGACGGAAACACGGAAAGCAGCGAUACUGACUGAGAAAGACAGAGUUGAGGAUAAUGAAAGUGUUAACAGGAGCGUAAAAAAGCAAUAACAGUUUCUUUCUGGUCCAAAGAUACAUUGAAAAUACAAUGACCUCACCAACAGAGACACACACUCCAGUGUAUAUGUAAUUUAUGUAUGAUAAAAGCUGUAAAUUUGCUUAUGUUUUUGCUAUAAUGUUUUCGAGUUGUACUAUACUUGAUAGUCUGAUAUUCUAUUUUAAAAUCUCUUUUUAAAGUAAGUGUCCUUUGAACCAUGACAUUUCAAGUUGUGAAUGGGGAGUUAGUAACGCAUAAAAUAACAUGCACAACAAUGCAUUUCAUGUCUGUUACACUUAUAAUAGCUUGUGCAUUCUACAGCCAUAUUUUUAAUAUUUUAAACAGCAGUCCAAUUGUGCAGACAGCACACAUGUGAUCUACCAGCAACAUUUUUACAAUGUUUCAGCACUCAUUUUUUCAAAACCUUUCACUGUUAAUUCAAGACACUAUUACAAAUGAUAUGCAAAAGCUGCCAGUUUACUGAUAUUUAAUUAUUAUUAAAUAUCAAAUA